AUGACCGACUACACCACGGGCAUUAUGCCCUUGCACUCGGUGCAUAAGCCACCGUAUACCAUCGAAGCUCCCGACUACCCAAAAGUCCCGGGCGAAACAAUUCCUCGGCGCCAUCCUCGAGCCAAAAACGGCCUUCUCUCCCGUCCCGCCGACGACGUCCACAACGUCUUCGACAUUGUGCGCCGCAGCGCUCGUGUCUAUCCCAACCACCAGGCACUGGGCUAUCGCAAGCUUAUCAAGCUUCACAAGGAGACAAAGAAGAUCAAGAAGAAUGUGGACGGCGAGCUUCGGGAAGUCGACAAGGAGUGGCAGUUUUUUGAGCUCUCUGGCUACAGCUUCCUGACCUACAAGGAGUAUGAGACCCGAAUCCUCCAGCUUGGCUCUGGACUUCGCAAGCUGGGCUUGACCUCUGAGGACAAGCUUCACUUGUUCGCUACCACUAGCUUGCCGUGGAUUUCCAUGUCUCACGCCUGCGCGUCACAGUCCAUCUCCAUUGUCACUGCGUAUGACACCCUCGGCGAGAGCGGUGUUGAGCACUCACUUGUUCAGACUGAUGCCACUGCCAUGUUUGUCGACCCGCACCUGCUGAAGACGGCUGUCAACCCCAUCAAGAAGUCGAGCGUGAAGACUGUUAUUAUCAACGAGGAUUGCAUUUUUGCUACCGGGGGCGAGGUCGAGGAGUUCAAGAAGAACAAUCCCGAUCUCAAGGUCUUGACUUUUGAGGAGGUGCGCAAGCUUGGCGAGGAGAACAUGGUUGAUCCUGUUCCCCCCAAGCCCCAGGAUCUCUACUGCAUCAUGUACACUUCUGGGUCCACUGGCCUGCCCAAGGGUGCAUGUCUCAGUCACGAGGCCGUCAUUGCUGCUGUUACUGGGGAGCUCACCUGUGUCGAUGAGUGCGUCAGCGACAAGGAGUUUGUCCUGGCUUACUUGCCACUGGCUCACAUUUUUGAAAUGGUUCUCGAGAACUUGGUACUGUUCAUUGGAGGUACUUUGGGUUACGGAAAUCCCCGUACGCUUUCCGAUGUUUCUGUCAAGAAUUGCGCUGGCGACAUGCGCGAGUUCCGCCCAACGGCUUUGGUCGGCGUCCCCCAAGUCUGGGAGACUGUAAAGAAGGGUGUUAUGAAUAAGCUCGACUCCUCGAGUCCGCUCUUGAGAAACCUCUUUUGGGGAGCCUAUGGCUACAAAUCUUUCAUGUCUAGAAACAAGCUGCCCCUUGCAAGCCUUUUUGACGGCAUUGUCUUUGGCAAAGUUCGAGAGCUUACAGGUGGCCGUCUUCGGUUCACCAUGAACGGUGCCAGCGGUAUUUCCGAUAACACGAAGCAGUUCCUAUCUCUGGUCCUCGCUCCCAUGUUGGUCGGGUAUGGUCUGACCGAGACCUGUGCCAACGGUGCCUUGGGCUGCCCACUCGAAUUUUCACCCAACUCAAUUGGCCCUAUCUCUGCGGCUAUCGACGUUAAGCUUGUCUCCGUGCCUGAGCUUGGGUAUUUCACCGACGAUGUCAAGGUUCCACAGGGCGAGAUUUUGAUGAAAGGACUGCCCAUCUUGAAGCAAUACUACAACAACCCUGAAGAAACUGCGAAGGCACUUACGCCAGAUGGUUGGUUCAAGACUGGUGAUAUUGGCGAGUUUGAUGCCCACGGCCACUUGCGGGUCAUUGAUCGGGUGAAGAACUUGGUUAAGAUGCAGGGCGGUGAGUAUAUUGCAUUGGAAAAGGUUGAGUCAAUCUACCGCGGAGCCCAGACUGUCAGUAACAUCAUGGUCCAUGCCGACGCUGAGCACUCCCGACCCAUCGCCGUCAUCAUGCCUAACGAGAAGAUUCUGGUCGACAAGGCUAAGGAACUCGGUGUUGACGAGCAUGACAUGCACACUAACUCUAAGGUCCGUGACGCUGUUCUCAAAGACCUUCAGACUGUUGGCAGACGUUCCGGCCUAUCCUCGAUGGAGAUAGUCUCCGGCGUUGUUGUCACUGAUGAAGAGUGGACUCCGCCAAGUGGUCUGGUCACUGCUACCCAGAAGCUCAACCGAAGAGUCAUCCGCGACCGGUUCAAGAAGGAAAUCGAGGAGUGUUUGAAAAACGCCUAA